AUGUCUUCUACCCUGCUACGCCUUCUGGGCCUAGCCGGAGCUGCCCAGGCGGCAUGCUCCAAUCUUGUUAUCGAUAACUUCUCACGAUCUACCGUUUCCGGUAGCAACAACCUCGAUGCGUGGACCAGCGAAGACACUUCCAUGUCAAAGGUCGCCAUCAGCAAGGGCAUCCUUUCGUUCACUCCAAAGACAGACAGUUCCUCUUACUACUACGAGACUCUCGGCUGCGUCAAGGCGGCCACCCAAGGCUAUAAUGCCCUCUCUUUGACGGUCAAGGGACCUAAAGAUGCCUCCAUGAUGCUGGAGAUACAAACCAAGGCAUCUUGUGCAGAUGACAACUACAACAGCCAAUGGGUCCAGAUCAACGGGUUGACUGGCUCGACCCAAAACAUCUCUAUCGCGCUAUCAUCCUUCACAAACGCCAACUUGGACGCAGUCUCAGCCUUCGUCUGGUCAACCUAUUCCAACCACUACCACCACUGUUGGUUCUGUGUCGACUUCUCGCUCUGUUGCGGUUUCGUCUUCAACAAGCGCGGCGUCACUUACUGCUCGCGCUUCCUCUGGCACAACCUCAUCCUUCGCCACCUCGGUACGAUCGCCAAGCUCCACGACCAUGUCAGUUGUCCAAACGGGCCCAUCAUCUCGUACGUCUGCUUCCUCAUCCCGCCAAACCAAAUCUCCUUCAAGCUCUCGUACAUCGAACGCUUCUUCGUCAACCUCGCGCGCAGCUCCUUCGAGAUCGAUGUCUCUAACUUCCGUCUCAGUCUCUACUGUCCCCACCGCGUCCGGGUCAUCGAGCAUUCGCUCUUCGACUGUAUCUAG